AUGGGAAACGGUGCGAAAGCCGCUCAGAAGAGGGAGAGGAAUGCGGCGAAGGCUGGAGGGGCCGCGAAGAGCCAAACCAAGACCAACCAAGCUGCUCUUAACAUCAUCUGUGCAACAUGUAGACAGACAUUUCUUCUGACAACUCGCGAGCCUGCACUCGAAGAGCACGCCAAGAACAAGCACUCAAAGACCAUGGCCGAAUGUUUCCCCACCUACGGGAAGUGA